CGCGCCCGCGCCCAUGGCCCGCGCGCAUGGCCCGCGACCCCUGGCGCGCGGCGGAGGGCCAGGGCCCCGGCGGCCCGCGACCCCUGCGUCUCCGCGACUGGCUGGUGGCGCAGAUCGAGAGCGGGCGCUACGCGGGCUUGCGCUGGGAGGACGCGGCCAAGACCGUGUUCCGCAUCCCCUGGAAGCACGCGGCCAAGCAGGACUACCGGGCGCAGCGGGACGCGGCGCUCUUCAGGGCCUGGGCCAUAUACAAGGGCAAACACCAGGAGGGCAUUGACAAGGAGGACCCCCCUGCUUGGAAAACGCGGCUCCGCUGUGCCCUCAACAAGAGCACCGACUUCCUCGAGGUGCGGGAGAGCAGCCAGCUGGACUGUGACGACCCCUACAAGGUCUACCGGAUUGUGUCAGAUGGAGCCCCCCGGCCAGUUCCCCAGGAUUUUGCUCCCCUUGAAAAGAAGGGCCAUUUCCAGAGCCAGCAGGCGCCCCCUGGAGAAGUGACCGGGCUGGACCACAGCACAGAAAAGGAUGGCUGUGAAUCAGCCACCGUGAAGGAUGAGGAGCCGCAUCCCCGAGGGGCCCAGAGGGGUUCCUUGCCACCAGCUGCCCUGCCCCCAGAUCCUCUGGCUGACCACAGGUACCAAGCUCAGGAGCUGUCUCUUCCCUGGAUGCCCUCACCCUGGCAGGACUUUGGCCACUCUGACUGCUGGCUGCACGUGCGGCUGUUCUACGGCGCGGAGUUGGUGAGGGAGGCCACAGUGCACACGGCUGAGGGCUGCCACCUGUGCCCCCGGGCCGCCGUCGGAUCUGCAGAGCACCUGCUGGGGUGGCCCCGGCAUGUGGCGCAGUUUUGCUUCCCGGAGCCCCCGCCCGGCGCCCACGUGCUGCGGCGCCUGCUGCCACACCUGGAGCGCGGCGUGCUGCUGUGGGUGCUGCCCGAGGGCGUCUUCGCCAAGCGCCUGUGCCAGGGCCGUGUAUAUUGGCGUGGCCCGCUCGCCCCGCACCGCACGCGGCCGAACAAGCUGGAGCGCGAACGCACCUUCCAGCUGCUGGACACGCGCCGCUUCCUCGCGGAACUGCAUGCCCACUUGCUGGAUGGUUGCCCGGAGCCCGAAUACAAGAUCCGACUGUGCUUUGGGGAGGAGUACCCGGGGCCCCCGGGCCAGCCUGAGGAGCGGCUGAUCAUGGUUCACGUGGAACCCCUCUUCGCCCGAGAACUCCUCCUUCGUUCCAAGGGUCUGAACCAAGGGGGCUCUGUGGCCCGGAGUCUGCAGCCGAGUCAGCCUGAAGAGCCGCUUCCUCCUCUCAGACUGUCCUUCAGAGUCCCCCUGCCCAGCUCAGCCUCUCUCCCUCAAGUGUGCCCAGCGCAGCGGGCCGCUGACACUACCUGCAGCCCUGCCCACAUCAUGCCAGCAACCAGGGAACCCCUCACCGCACAUGGCCCAGGUCAGGGGGACAGUGGAAGCCCCCACCUCUGACAGCUCAGCAGCGGGUAGACUGGCCCUGGGCCUGGGCCCGGCUCCUCAGGCAGAAAUGGCAGCUACACUGGAGGUUCCGGGAACUGCUGGUGAGGAAACAAGACUCAAUCUCUGGGGGCCUCGCCGGGAUGGCCUGGCCUUCAGCUGCCGCACGACAAGCACCACCUGCAGAUGCGGAAAGGCUGUAGAACGCCACUCUCGCUCAUGCCUUUCCUGCCCCGGAGCCCAUGAGCACAUUUGCUGAAUAACAAAGUGGUACCGCUGUGCCCUGUGGGGCUCUUACUUGACUGUGGCUUCACCCAAAUUUCAGUACCGCAGUCAGCAGUGAGUUCAAGCAAUAGUCAGCUCCUCAGGGCUGUUUGGAGGGGGCCACCUACUGGCAGAGUAUUCUGUGUAUGUGUGUGGGGAGGAGGGUCUCUGGAUUUCCAGACCCUCCCUCCCACCUCCCACAAGUCUCUUCUCUUUGGGGGUAUGGUGGGAAGGGUUUUCAACACCAGAUGACUUAAAGACCAGAAAGAUAGUGCAACGGGAACAGGUUGGACAUUUGCCUAGCAUGUGACUGGACUGGGGUUGAUCCCUGGCACCCUAUAUGGUCCCUCGAGCCCCACUAACAGUAAUUCCUGAGUACAGAGCCAGUAGUAACCUCUGAGCAUCGCCUAGUGUGGCCCAAAAACCAAACCAACAAACAAAAGAAACAGAAGACUUAAACUCUAAAACGAGGAUGCGACCUUUGGUGCCUGCCCAGACCAUCUUUGGAGAAACUGACGCAGACCUUCAAACUCCCAAACUGAAUAUGACCCUCGUGGCCCUGAGCACCAUGGCCUGAGCAACAUUGCGUUACCCAGACUGAGCACUGAAGGUCCCACUUCCAGGCCAAACAUCGCCAGGUGUGAUCCUGGGCAUCACGCCCCUCCGGCACUGCGGGGGUAGCCCCUAUUAGAAAUAAGGGACCGGAGAGAUAGUACAGCAGGCAGGGCAUUUGCCUUGCAUGUGCCCCACCUGGGAUUCCAUCUCCAGCAACAGGGCGGGGGGGGGACAGUGAAACAGGAAACAAGGUCCCCAUCCCCAGUACCGCAAGGAGUAAUUCCUGAGUGCAGAGCCAAAAGUAAGCCCAACUGAGCUUAGCCUCGGGUGUUUUAGGCUGGAGCAAUAGAUUGUACAGCGGGUAGUGUGCUUACUUUGAUGUGGCCGACUAAGGUUCCGUCCCCUUCCCCACAUAUGGGCCCCCAAGCACUGCCAUGAGCACCGAGCCAGAAGUAACACCUGAACAUUGCUGGGUGUGUCCCCCAAAAAACAAAAGUGAAAUAAAGAUAACUCAG